UCAACUGAGUCAAGGGCCCAUGGCGUCAAGCACGAGCUGCACGACUCACGGACCACGGUCACGGGACUACAUCUUUAUCCAAGCCAAGGUUGCCAUCAUCGGAACCCUAGAGCAAGUCACGCAACCCUUCACGGCGGCGCGGCCUUCCCCCUCCUCUCCUAAGUCUCCUCUUCGGCUUCCCUACUCCUUCGACACCUUCCUUAGAUCCGACGGCCCCGACCGAUCGUCUCCUCCGGAGGUCGUUCGGGUCGAGCUGCAGGUGGUUUGUAAGACUCAACAGCUUCCGCAUCCACUUGUAUGAAGCCUUCUCGCAUGAGUUUCAUAACAUGGUUGCAGGCACCUCUCUGAUUUCAAGGAUGGUUUUUGUUCAAUUGGAGCUUCCAUGCCCUAAAUCUUGUCCGGUUGUUGCUGCGGCUGAUCCCCAGCCACAAUGGACUCUUGGGGAUCUCCUUUCAGAGAUCAAGACAUUGGAGUUGCAGCUUGGGAACUUUUCUUCCACUGCAAUUCCGGUGCGUUUGAAGGAAGUCAUGCACAUGCACCCUGUCGGUUUCUUGAACUUUGUUUGCAGGGAAUUUUCUCAUGGACAUGAUGUUAGUGUUGGUGAGCCUUUUAUAAUGCGCAUCUCUGAUGAGGGUGUUGAGGAUUCUGAUAGUGAUGAUGGAGAGAGGUCUGAUAAGAGUACAGGGAAAGGCACUCGAUUUUCGUGUGUUGAUCUUGAUUUGAGUGACUUAGAAAGUUCUGAGGAUGAGGGAUAUCUCAAGAUCACACCUCAUUUGGUGCAUAAGAAAGGUCCCGAGGACAGCAUCUUAUUAGAAUACGAACGUGAGCGUGAGAUUAAAGUUAAGGAAGCUGUCAGGUGUAAAUUAUCUUCUUUGGAGGCAAGCUUAAGAUUUGAAAAUGAUCUGUCUUCUGCCUUAAUUCGUGUUGAACAAGGAGUUUGGGCAAGGAAAGAGGCAGAUAUGAGAUUUGAUAAACAGUAUAAGCGCAAGAUUGCAGAAAUGACAGACAGUCACCUGUCUGCCAUACAAAGGGUACAUGAACAGAGAUGUCAGAUUGAAGAACGAAGAAUAAGAGAAGAUGCAGCCACUGAAGAAGCCAGAAGGAAAGAGAUAUCUCUCUUGGAGGAAAAAGUUCAACAAGAAAAGGCUAAAGCAGAAACAGAGGCCAGAUUGAGGGCUGCCAAAUUAGCUGAGGAAGCACAGAAGGCAGCCCGGGAAGCUGCAAUAAAGGAAUUGAAGGAAGCUGCAGAAAAAGAAGCUCUUAGAGCUCGUGCAUUUGUAGCUGAAGCUCUGGAUAAACAUAGCACAGAAAAAAUUCAAGUCUCCCCUAUAAAAGUUUCUAACAAUAUUGUAUCUAAUGUAGACAAAGGCAUAAAAGUUCUCGCUGCAGAUAACGCAUUACAAAUUGAGGAGAGCAGAAUAAAAUUCUAUGACGAAGUGGCUAAAGAAAUGAUGUUGAGCUCCAAUGAGGAGUUUGAUAGAUGUGGGCGACAAAUUAGCAAGCUUUUGAGACAAAUAAAUAAAACUCAACAGAAAGUCAGAGCUGUUUCAGUUGCUCUUGUUGGCAUCAUUGAUGGCCCUCAGUGCCCACGGCCCAUAUCUUGUUUGUUAGUUGCGCAAAAGGUUGUUUCAUUAUGCGAGAACCCAAAUGCAAGUUUUGACAGUACUGCUUUUGCAUGGGGACAUGUUAUUCUCAGAGUCACGUCACAGGUCCCAGCAGUAAUGGAUCUCCUGAUUGCUGCAAUGCAUAAGGCCUGCAUUUACACUGUUCCAAAGCAUUUGCGACCUACAGAAUCACCUUCAAAGUCCAAUGACUACCUAAAAAUUAUUGGCUAUCGCGAAGAGGAGGGGCGUAUUGAAAGCUCUGACAGCUAUCUAAAACGUGUGGAAUCUUACAUGAAGCUAUAUGCUGCCAUAAUCCAGACACAGGUUCCUGGUAUCCAAAACCCUCAUGGCUUAAAAGAGGGCUGGGCCUGGCUUUCAACAUUCUUGAACAACCUUCCUGCUAACAGGACCACUGCUGUUGCACUACAUGCUUUCUUAAAGAUGGCAGGUUUUGCACUUUAUAAGAGAUAUAGGUCUCAGUUCAGUAAGAUAUUAAAUUUCAUAUCAGAUAACUUUUUGACUGUACUAAAGAAGAGGGAUAAUGCUAGUAAGGUCUAUGUGGAAAUUGAAGAGUACUUGCAAAGCAAGGCCUAUUUAACCCAACCGGAAGGCUGGUCCCUUCAGAGUGGUCUACUUUCUAGGGAAUUAGUUUGACCAAAAGCCUCGAAGGGCUACGGUUGCAUAUGACAUGGAGCGUCCUUUUGUGGUCUCUUCUGCCGUCAGGCCUCUCUGCUUCUUGUGCUUUAUCGAGCACAUUAAUGGAGGUUCUUUUGGUACAUGGCCUCCCGAGUGGAACCUAGAGAUGUAGGUGAAGAUCAGCUGGACACAACCUGAACACUGUUGAGAAAGUUAGCAAGCAAAUCCACCAAGCUGUCUUUGUGGCAAGAACAAGCAUGUCGACGACCCUCGUUGAAGUUGGGACUUGGUCUUGAUCCUCAUAAAAUUAAAUUCCACAAAGUUCCGGUUCAUGGCACAAACUUUUAAUGGGAAAUAGACAGUGGACAGGGAGAGCCUAAGAGUUCAGCAUCAUAUGAAUUGAUUGUACUGAGUCAUGUUAUCUGUACAAAAUAAUUAAUAGCCAUUCAGAUAUCCCUGAGAUGGGUUGUUUGAUGUGCC